GGGGCGGGAGCGGCCGGCGGCGGCCAUAUUGUCUGUGGGCACCGGCGUCGUGUGGGUGUGUUUCCCCGCCUGCUUCCCUUUUAACCCGGAAGCGGAAGCGCUUCCAUUUCCGGUGUGGCGGGGCUAGCCUGGGCUCUUCCGUCGGGCGCAGCGGCCGCGACAAAGGGGCGAUGGACAGCGAGUUCUCGGACGCGGAGGCCGGCCCGGGGGGGGAGGAGAACGCCCCCGUGUACUGCGUCUGUCGCAAACCCGACAUCAACUGCUUCAUGAUCGGCUGCGACAACUGCAACGAGUGGUUCCACGGCGACUGCAUCAACAUCACCGAGAAGAUGGCCAAGGCCAUUCGGGAGUGGUACUGCCGGCAGUGUCGGGAGAAGGACCCGGCGCUGGAGAUCCGGUACCGGCACAAGAAGUGGCGGGAGAAGGAGCGGGAGCAGGAGGGGGGCAAAGCCCCGGAGCCCCCCACCGAGCAGGGACGGGCCGCCAAGAUCAAGCGCUCGGCGCGCAUGUGUGGGGAGUGCGAGGCCUGCCGGCGCCCCGAGGACUGCGGCCAGUGCGAUUUCUGCCGCGACAUGAAGAAAUUCGGGGGCCCCAACAAGAUCCGCCAGAAGUGCCGGCUGCGGCAGUGCCAGCUGCGCGCCCGCGAGUCCUACAAGUACUUCCCCACCUCGGAGCUCUGCGCCGGCGCCUUCGACGAGCACGGCCUGCCGUGGCUCAGCGACCCCGAGGACGCCCCUUUCCUCGACCCCGCCCUGCGCAAACGCGCCGUCAAGGUCAAACACGUCAAGCGGCGCGAGAAGAAGUCGGAUAAAAAGAAGGAGGAGCGCUACAAGCGGCACCGGCAGAAGCCGCGGCACCGGGAGCGCAGCCGGCACCCGGAGCGCCCCGACGGCCGCGACCCCGCCGGGCUGGGCCAGUGCCUGGGCCCCGGCUGCACCCGCCCCGCCAGGGCCCCCUCCAAGUACUGCAGCGAGGCCUGCGGCGUCAAGCUGGCCGCCAACCGGAUCUACGAGAUCCUUCCGCAGCGGAUCCAGCAGUGGCAGCAGAGCCCCUGCGUGGCGGAGGAACACGGCAAGCGGCUGCUGGAGCGGAUCCGGCGCGAGCAGCACCAGGCCCGCCUGCGCCUGCAGGAGAUGGAGCGGCGCUUCCACGAGCUCGAGGGGCUCAUCGCCCGCGCCAAGGGGCACCCGCCCCGCGAGGAUGAGGAGAGCACGGAGGGGGACAGCGAGGACACGGACCUGCAGAUCUUCUGCGUCUCCUGCGGGCACCCCAUCAACCCCAAGGUGGCGCUGCGGCACAUGGAGCGCUGCUACGCCAAGGGCCACGCGCCUGUUCUGCGACGUCUACAACCCUCAGAGCAAAACCUACUGCAAGCGGCUGCAGGUGCUGUGCCCCGAGCACUCCCGCGACCCCAAGGUGCCGGCGGACGAGGUGUGCGGGUGCCCCCUGGUGCGGGACGUCUUCGAGCUGACGGGGGAGUUCUGCCGCGUCCCCAAGCGCCGCUGCCACCGGCACUACUGCUGGGAGAAGCUGCGCCGCGCCGAGGUGGACCUGGAGCGCGUCCGGGUGUGGUACAAGCUGGACGAGCUCUUCGAGCAGGAGCGCAACGUGCGGGCGGCCAUGACGAACCGGGCGGGGCUGCUGGCGCUGAUGCUGCACCAGACCAUCCAGCACGACCCCCUCACCACCGACCUGCGCUCGCAGCGCUGAGGGGCCCCCCAAACCCCCCCGGUACCCCCACACCCCCCCCCGGUACCCCCACCCCCCCCCCCGGAGCCGCGGGAACCCCGCCCGGCCCCGCCCCGCCCCGCCCAUCCGGGCGGGGCGGCUGCGUCGGGGCGUCCAGCGCGACCCCCCCAGCACCCACCUGUGCUGUCAGUGCUGAGGGGGCCCCCCCAAAACCUCCAGGGGUCCCCCCAACCCCCCCCCGGGACCCCCAAACACCCCCCGCCCCCCCUGGGGGCCCCCAAACCUCGGGGGACCCCCCAACCCUCCCUGAGGGGUCCCCGAACCCCCCCCCCGGGGGACCCCAACCCUCCUGGUACCCCCCAACCCCUGGGGGCCCCCCCCAAACCCUGGGGGCCCCCCCGGACGCUGGGGGACCCCCUUGAGCUCCCCCGCCCUGCC